AUGUCGGAUACAGGUGUCAAAUCAGAAAAAAAGAGCUAUCUAUUUGAGGUCAAUGAGUUAGAAAAAGAGGUCCCGUUUGAGUCUGAGAAGCUUGCGCAGUUGAAAAAAGAUGCUGCAUCAAUAUCACGGGCAAAAUUAUUGCAAAAAAUUGAUUUCAAAGUGUUACCUGUUUUUGCUAUUAUUUUUUUUGUUUUUAGUUUAGAUAGGUCAAAUAUUUCUCAAGCGUUAACUGACAACCUACUUGAAGACUUGAACAUAGAUCAAAAUAUUUCCAACAUUGGAGUAUCUUUAUUAUGGGGUGCCAUCUGUAUCGGCGAUAUUCCAUCUAAUAUGAUUUUAUCUAGAAUAGGUGCUAAAUAUUGGAUACCAACCCAAGUAAUUGUUUGGAGCAUGGUAGCGACUCUUCAAUGUUUGAUUCAAGACAAAAAUGGAUUCUUAGCAACUAGGUUUUUUUUGGGAUUAGCUGAAUCUGGCUUUAUUCCCGGUGCUUUAGCAUUUUUAAGCAACUUCUACACUAAGAAGGAAUAUGCGAAAAGAGUAGUAUUUUUUUUCUACGGUAAUGCUUUCGCUUCUAUGUUUGGACCAUUGGUAGCUGCUGGUAUUUUGAAAUUGAGAGGGAAUGCUGGUUUGGAAGGAUGGAGAUGGCUUUGGCUAAUUGAAGGUCUAAUGACUUUUGUUGUUGGAGUGGCUGCUUACUUUGCAAUCCCUAAAUCAGUAUCUGAUAGUAAAACUCUUAUUUUUGGACACAUACUUAAUGACUAUGAAGCUAAAGCCUUUAAAUCACAGUUAAUAUUGGCUGAUAAGUCAAAUGAAAAAGGGAAUUCUCCAAUUAAAGCAUCUACAGUAUUUGAUGCUUUAAUUGAUUGGAGAAUAUAUCCUCAUAUUUUUAUGGCUAUAGUAGGUCUAACUGCUCUUCAACCUACAAUGACAUACGGAUCUUACAUUUUAAAAGAGGUUGGGUUUAGUACUAUCAAUUCCAAUCUAUUGGCAAUUCCAUGGACUGCUGGUAGUCUACUAAGUACUCUCGGGUUAGCUACGCUUAGUGACAGAUAUAAUGAUAGGUCUGGAUUUAUGUUAAUUGCUUCUCUAUGGUAUUUGAUAAUCGCUGUACUAAUCAGAAUAUUGAAUACACGAUUAUCAGCUUGGAGAUUUUAUGCCCUAUACUCAGUUUAUCAGAUGGCACCUUCUUGGCAUAAUAUCAACGUGGCUUGGAUCACUUCCAAUCAAUGUUCUAGCGAAAGGAAAUCUAUCAUUCUAGCUUUUUAUUUUAUGGCAGCCAAUUUUGCCGGAAUUCCCGGUAAUCAAAUCUUUAGAGAGGAGGAUAAGCCUAAAUACCUUAAAGGGUGGGUUGCUGUGUUAGUAUUAUAUGUUUUAUUAAAUUGUCUUAUAAUAGGACAAAGAAUUCAAUAUUCAUGGACAAACAGUAAGAAGAAGAAAAUGCUAAAUUCAUUAAGCGAAAUAGAAAAUGAAGAGUAUAAAAAGAAGGAAUCUAUUCAUGAUAAUAAGAGAUUAACGUUUGUGCAUCCAAUAUAA